UAGCAGGAGGAUAAGAUUUCCUCUGUCUCCCGUGUGCUUCAGUCUUUCAGUCUAGGACAUAUGCAGCGUCGCCGACGACGAAUCAAAUCUCAAUCCUAGACACAGCGAUAAUUACCUCCUGGCCAUGCGCUCCAUCCCUCUGCUGUGGAUCGCGCUCACGGCCAGAUCUCAGACCUUACCAGUCACCACCGCGCUCCAUGCUAAGCGAUCAAAUCUGAGCUCCGAUUCUCCUUCUUGGCGCCGUGCUCGACCCCCCUCCUUCUGCAUCGCGCGUUGGCGCCGCCCAACGCAUGCUCCGCCCCCGGCCACGCAUCCACGCUACCAUCUUGUCCCGGCACGCAAGCACCAGCCGUCGCUCUAUGCUCCGACGCCGUCAACCUCGGCUACCUUCCCGUCGAGCCCCUCCUCUGGCCAAGUGCCAACACGGCUCGCUGCCGCAGCCACAGGGUUGCGCGUCAUGGAGGUCACUCUCGCAUGGGGCAGCCGCGCCGUCGGUUGCCAGCCGAGGUUCAUCCACACGCGACGGGCGCUGGCCUGGACGGGGGUGCUUUCUUUUUUCCGAAACGUUGACAGAGUAUGAAGAUGAACAAGGAGAUGACCAGCAGGACGCCUACGACAACUAAGCGCCUUCCGACGUCAAGCGUUGGCCUGUGGACUAGAGAGUCCGUGUAUCUUACGCUUCCGCUAUGUUGAACUAUGAACUUGUGUUUGUUUGUGGAUCAAUAGAUCAACUAUUCGUGUAAUAUGGAUCAUGUGAUUCCAGUUUGUAAGGCUUAUGGGUUGUAAUGAAUGAUGACUGUGAUACUUAA